CCCCCCCCACCCCGCUAGUCGAUCCCAACUCGCCGCGAGCAAGUUUUUGCGCCGCUUGGAUUUUGGCUCUCCUGGUCUCUUUCGCUCGCGCUCCUUCGCUCCCUUUUCGGAGCUGCUCUCUUUUGAACGGACAGACCCACUUCCUCCUUCUCGAUCCCUCACUCCCUUAAUAAUCCAGGAUGAAUAGCAACAGUUACUACGACCAGGCCCCCCAAACUUAUUACCAAGAGGAUCAGGAGGAGAUGCCGGCCACCGAGAAAGACCUGGCCGAGGACGCGCCGUGGAAGAAGAUUCAACAGAACACUUUUACGCGCUGGUGCAACGAGCACCUCAAAUGCAUGAACAAGCGCAUCGGCGACUUGCAGAAGGACCUGAGCGACGGCCUGAAGCUCAUCGGUCUCCUCGAGGUGCUCAGCCAGAAGAAGAUGUACCGAAAGUACCACGCGCGCCCCAACUUCAGGCAGAUGAAGCUGGAGAACGUCUCGGUGGCGCUGGAGUUCCUCGACCGGGAACACAUCAAGCUGGUCUCCAUCGACAGCAAGGCCAUCGUGGAUGGGAACCUGAAGCUGAUUUUGGGCUUGAUUUGGACCCUGAUCCUGCACUAUUCCAUCUCGAUGCCCAUGUGGGAAGACGAGGACGAGGAGGACGCCAAGAAGCAGACCCCCAAGCAGCGGCUGCUGGGCUGGAUCCAGAACAAGGUCCCUCAGCUGCCCAUCACCAACUUCAACCGCGACUGGCAGGACGGCAAGGCGCUGGGAGCCCUGGUGGACAACUGCGCUCCGGGCCUGUGCCCGGACUGGGAGACCUGGGAUCCUAAGCAGCCCGUGGAGAACGCCCGGGAGGCAAUGCAGCAGGCAGACGACUGGCUGGGAGUGCCCCAGGUGAUCGCCCCCGAAGAGAUCGUGGACCCCAAUGUGGACGAGCACUCGGUCAUGACGUACCUGUCCCAGUUCCCCAAAGCCAAGCUGAAGCCGGGGGCUCCCCUGCGCUCCAUGCAGCUGAACCCCAAGAAAGCCAAGGCCUACGGUCCAGGUAUUGAGCCCCACGGUAACACAGUGCUGAAACCAGCCCAUUUCACAGUGGAAACCAUUGAGGCAGGAUUGGGAGAGGUGCUGGUGUACAUCGAAGACCCCGAAGGACACACAGAGGAGGCCAAAGUGGUCGCCAACAAUGACAAGGACCGGACGUAUUCUGUCUCCUACGUGCCGAAGGUGGCUGGCUUGCAUAAGGUCACGGUGCUCUUUGCCGGGCAGAAUAUCGACAAGAGCCCCUUCGAGGUCAACGUGGGCAUGGCCCUGGGGGAUGCCAACAAGGUGACGGCCCGGGGGCCAGGCCUGGAGCCCGUGGGCAAUGUAGCUCACAAGCCCACCUACUUUGACAUCUACACGGCAGGUGCGGGAACUGGAGACGUGGGUGUGGUGAUCGUGGACCCCCAGGGCCGCCGCGACACCGUGGAGGUGGUACUGGAGGACAAGGGCGACAGCAUCUUCCGCUGCACUUACCACCCCAUCCUGGAGGGUCCGCACACUCUCUACGUCACCUUUGCGGGGGCUCAGAUCCCCAAAAGCCCCUUCACGGUCAACAUCUCAGAAGCGUGCAGCCCCAAUGCCUGCCGGGCCAUGGGUCGUGGGCUCCAGCCCAAGGGGAUGCGAGUGAAGGAGGUGGCAGACUUCAAGGUCUACACUAAAGGCGCUGGCACCGGGGAGCUGAAAGUCGUGGUCAAGGGACCAAAAGGCACUGAGGAGCCGGUGAAGGUUCGGGACGUUGGCGACGGGGUAUACGAAUGCGACUACUACCCGACGGUCCCCGGGAAAUACGUAGUGUCUAUCACAUGGGGCGGCUACGCCAUCCCAAGGAGUCCCUUUGAGGUGCAGGUGGGACCAGAGGCUGGAGUACAGAAGGUCAGGGCCUGGGGCCCUGGCUUGGAGACUGGCGUGGUGGGCAAGUCGGCAGAUUUCGUUGUCGAGGCGAUUGGCACAGAAGUGGGCACCCUUGGCUUCUCCAUUGAGGGUCCCUCGCAGGCCAAGAUUGAAUGCGACGACAAAGGCGACGGCUCUUGCGACGUCCGCUACUGGCCGACCGAGCCGGGCGAGUACGCCGUGCAUGUCAUCUGCGACGACGAGGACAUCAAGGACAGCCCCUUCAUCGCUCACAUCCUGCCCGCCACCAACGAGUACUUCCCGGAGAAGGUAAAAGCUUUUGGCCCAGGGCUGGAGCCGGUCGGCUGCAUUGUGAACAAGCCGGCAGAGUUCACCAUCGACGCCAAAGGGGCAGGGAAAGCGGAACUCAAGAUCUACGCCCAGGAUGCGGAAGGUGUCCCCAUUGACAUCAAAAUCAAGGACAACGGCGACGGCACCUUCUCCUGCGUCUACGUCCCCACCAAGGCCAUCAAGCACACCAUCAUCAUCAGCUGGGGAGGAGUCAACGUUCCCAAGAGCCCCUUCCGGGUGGCCGUCGGGGAAGGCAGCCACCCCAACAAAGUCAAGGUCUACGGCCCUGGCGUGGAGAAGACGGGCCUGAAGGCCAACGAGCCCACGUACUUCACGGUGGACUGCAGCGAGGCAGGGCAAGGGGACGUGAGCAUCGGCAUAAAGUGCGCUCCCGGCGUGGUUGGGCCGUUGGAGGCCGACAUCGAUUUCGACAUCAUCAAGAAUGACAACGACACCUUCACCGUCAAGUACACCCCUCCCGGUCCCGGGCGCUACACCAUCAUGGUCCUCUUUGCCAACCAGGAGAUCCCCACCAGCCCUUUCCACAUCAAGGUAGACCCCUCCCACGAUGCCAGCAAGGUGAAGGCCGAGGGGCCUGGACUCAGCCGGACAGGUGUGGAGGUUGGGAAGCCCACCCACUUCACAGUCUUCACCAAGGGGGCUGGCAAAGCCAAGCUGGACGUGCACUUUGCUGGCGCCACCAAGGGAGAGGUUGUGCGGGACUUUGAGAUCAUCGACAACCACGACUACUCUUACACCGUCAAGUACACGGCUGUGCAACAGGGCAACAUGGCGGUGACCGUGACCUACGGCGGGGACCCCAUUCCCAAGAGCCCCUUCCCGGUGAACGUGGCGCCGCCCCUCGACCUCAGCAAGGUCAAAGUGCAAGGGCUCAACAACAAGGUGGACGUGGGUCGCGACCAGGAAUUUGCCGUCAACACGAAGGGAGCCGGGGGCCAAGGGCAGGUGGACGUGAAGAUCAGCUCGCCCUCCCGGCGCCCCAUCCCCUGCAAGGUGGAGACGGGCAGCGCCAACGACAUCCACACCGUGAAAUACAUGCCGCCCGAGGAAGGGCCUUACAAAGUGGACAUCACUUACGAUGGGCACCCGGUGCCAGGCAGCCCUUUUGCCGUCGAGGCCGUCAUGCCCCCAGACCCAUCCAAGGUAUGCGCCUACGGCCCUGGGCUGAAGGGUGGGUUCGUCGGCAAGCCGGCCCCCUUCACCAUCGACACCAAGGGAGCUGGCAUGGGGGGCCUGGGCUUGACGGUGGAGGGCCCUUGCGAGGCCAAGAUCGAGUGCCAGGACAACGGCGACGGCUCCUGCUCCGUCUCCUACCUGCCCACCGAGCCCGGCGAGUACGCCAUCAACAUCCUCUUUGCGGAAGCCCACAUCCCCGGUUCCCCCUUCAAGGCGGACAUCAAGCCCGUCUUCGACCCGUCCAAGGUGACGGCCAGCGGGCCCGGCCUGGAGCACGGCAAGGUGGGCGAGGUGGCGACCUUCAUGGUGGACUGCUCCAAGGCGGGCGAGGCCGAGCUCACCAUCGAGAUCAUCUCGGACUCGGGCGUCAAGGCCGAGGUGCUGAUCCAGAACAACAGCGACGGCACCUACAGCAUCACCUACAUCCCUUCCUUCCCGGGCACCUACACCAUCACCAUCAAAUACGGCGGGCACCCUGUCCCAAAGUUCCCAGCGCGCGUCAACGUCGACCCUGCGGUGGACACCAGCAACGUCAAGGUCUUCGGGCCGGGAGUGGAGCCGCGAGGUGUUCUGCGUGAGGUCACCACCGACUUCACGGUUGAUGCGCGCUCGCUGACCAAGACCGGGGGCAGCCACACCAAGGUGCGCGUCAUCAACCCCUCGGGCGCCAAGACGGACACGUACGUCACCGACAACGGGGAUGGCACCUACCGCGUCCAGUAUACCCCCUACGAGGACGGUGUGCAUCUGGUGGAAGUGACCUACGAUGACGUCCCCGUCCCCAAGAGCCCCUUCCGUGGGGUCACCGAGGGCUGCGACCCCAGCCGGGUCCGAGCCUAUGGCCCCGGGCUCGAGGGGGGGCUGGUGAACAAAGCCAACCGCUUCACGGUGGAGACCAGGGGCGCAGGGACCGGGGGCCUGGGCUUGGCCAUCGAGGGGCCGUCGGAGGCCAAGAUGUCCUGCAAGGACAACAAAGACGGCAGCUGCAGCGUGGAAUACAUCCCCUUCACGCCGGGAGAUUACGACGUCAACAUCACCUUCGGGGCCGCCCCAUCCCUGGUAGGGAGCCCCUUCCGCGUCCCGGUCAAGGAUGUGGUGGACCCCAGCAAGGUCAAGUGCUCUGGCCCCGGUUUGGGGGCUGGCGUGAGAGCCCGUGUCCCCCAGACCUUCACCGUCGACUGCAGCAAGGCUGGGCUGGCCCCCCUGGAGGUGAAGGUCUUGGGACCCACAGGGGUCGCUGAGCCCACCGAGGUGCGCGACAACGGGGACGGCACCCACACGGUCAACUACACGCCGGCCACGGAUGGGCCCUACACGGUCGCUGUUAAGUACGCCGGGCAAGAAGUGCCCCGCAGCCCGUUCAAGAUCAAGGUUCUUCCCGCGCACGACGCCAGCAAGGUGCGAGCCAGCGGCCCCGUCAACGCCUCCGGCAUCCCCGCCAGCUUGCCUGUGGAGUUCACCAUCGAUGCCGAUGCUGGCGAGGGGCUGCUCACCGUCCAGAUCUUGGACCCUGAGGGCAAGCCCAAGAAAGCCAACAUCCGGGACAAUGGCGACGGCACCUACACUGUCUCCUACGUCCCGGACAUGACGGGCCGCUACACCAUCACCAUCAAAUACGGAGGCGACGAGAUCCCCUACUCGCCCUUCCGCAUCCACGCCCUGCCCGCGGGCGACGCCAGCAAGUGUCUGGUCACAGUGUCCAUAGGAGGCCACGGAUUGGGUACCUGCCUGGGCCCCACCAUCCAGAUCGGGGAGGAGACAGUGAUCACCGUGGACGCCAAGGCAGCGGAGGGCAAGGUCACCUGCAAGGUGUCCACGCCGGACGGAGCCGAGCUGGACGUCGACGUGGUGGAGAACCACGACGGCACUUUCGACAUCUACUACACGGCCCCCGAGCCCGGCAAAUACGUCAUCACCAUCCGCUUUGGGGGAGAGCAGAUCCCCAACAGCCCCUUCCAUGUGGUGGCCUGUGACUCCAUCCCCCACGUCGAGAGCCCUGCGACAGCAGCGCAGCUCCGCCAGCCCUUCCCGGCGCCGCACGCCGGCGGCUACCCCUCGCACUGGGCUACGGAUGAGCCCGUCGCCGCUCCAGAGACCAUGGAAUCCAUGCUGCGUCCUUUCAACCUGGUCAUCCCCUUCACCAUCCAGAAGGGGGACAUCACAGGGGAGGUGCGGAUGCCUUCCGGCAAGACGGCACGGCCGCACAUCACCGACAACAAGGACGGCACCGUGACGGUGAAGUACGCUCCCGUGGAGAAGGGUCUGCACGAGAUGGACAUAAAGUACGAUGGAAACCACAUCCCAGGGAGCCCUCUCCAGUUCUACGUGGACGCCGUCAAUGCCCGCCACGUCAGCGCUUACGGGCCUGGGCUGAGCCACGGCAUGGUUAACAAGCCGGCGACAUUCACAAUCGUCACCAAGGAUGCCGGAGAAGGAGGCCUGUCGCUUGCUGUGGAGGGUCCCUCCAAGGCCGAGAUCACCUGCAAGGACAACAAAGACGGCACAUGCACGGUCUCCUACUUGCCGACGGCCCCCGGGGAUUACAACAUCAUCGUGCGCUUCGACGACAAGCACAUCCCCGGCAGCCCCUUCACCGCCAAAAUCAUGGGUGACGACUCCAUGCGCACCUCCCAGCUGAACGUGGGAACCUCCACCGACGUCUCUCUCAAGAUCACCGAGAGCGACCUGAGCCUGCUCACGGCCAGCAUCCGGGCGCCGUCCGGCAACGAAGAGCCCUGCUUGCUCAAACGCCUGCCGAACCGCCACAUCGGUAUCUCCUUCACCCCCAAGGAGGUCGGGGAGCAUGUGGUCAGCGUGAAAAAGAGCGGAAAGCACGUUACCAACAGCCCCUUCAAGAUCAUGGUGGGCCAGUCGGAGAUUGGAGAUGCCAGCAAGGUUAAAGUCUCGGGAAAGGGGCUGGUGGAAGGGCGCACCUUCGAGGUGUCCGAAUUCAUCGGCACGCGCACCGCAGGUUAUGGCGGCCUCGGCCUGUCCAUCGAGGGCCCCAGCAAAGUCGACAUCAACUGUGAGGAUAUGGAGGACGGCACCUGCAAAGUCACCUACUGCCCCACGGAGCCAGGGAACUACAUCAUCAACAUUAAGUUUGCCGACAAGCACGUGCCAGGAAGCCCUUUCACCGUGAAAAUGUCGGGCGAGGGGCGCAUGAAGGAGAGCAUCACCCGCCGGCGCCAGGCACCGUCCAUCGCCACCAUUGGCAGCACGUGCGACCUGAACCUCAAAAUCCCAGGGAACUGGUUCCAGAUGGUCUCGGCCCAGGAGCGGCUGACGCGCACCUUCACGCGCAGCAGCCACACUUACACGCGCACCGAGCGGACGGAGAUCAGCAAGACUCGGGGCGGCGAGACCAAGCGAGAGGUGCGGGUGGAGGAGUCCACGCAAGUGGGCGGGGACCCCUUCCACAACGUCUUCGGAGACUUCCUGGGGCGCGAGAGCCUCGGCUCUUUCGGAAGCAUCGCCCGGACGACCCAGGAGGGUGAGGCGGGCUUGCAGGCCAUGACUGCUCAGGUGACCAGCCCGUCGGGGAAGAUGGCGGAGGCGGAGAUCAUCGAAGGGGACGACAGCGCCUACUCAGUGCGCUUCGUGCCGCAGGAGAUGGGCCCCCACACCGUCAACGUCAAGUACCGAGGGCAGCACGUCCCUGGGAGCCCCUUCCAGUUCACCGUGGGGCCUCUGGGGGAAGGGGGCUCCCACAAGGUGCGAGCGGGAGGCACCGGCCUGGAGAGAGGCGUGGCCGGCGUCCCAGCCGAGUUCAGCAUCUGGACGCGGGAGGCAGGGGCCGGGGGUCUUUCCAUCGCCGUGGAGGGUCCCAGCAAGGCGGAGAUUGCCUUUGAGGACCGCAAAGACGGAUCCUGCGGAGUCUCCUACGUCGUCCAGGAACCAGGUGACUACGAGGUGUCCAUCAAAUUCAACGACGAGCACAUCCCCGACAGCCCCUUCGUGGUUCCCGUGGCCUCGCUGUCGGACGACGCCCACCGCCUGACCGUCACCAGCCUCCAGGAGACGGGCAUAAAGGUGAACCAGCCGGCUUCCUUCGCGGUGCAGCUGAACGGGGCCCGCGGCGUGAUCGACGCCAAAGUCCACACUCCCGCCGGCGUGGUCGAGGAGUGCUACGUCUCAGAACUGGACAGCGACAAGUACGCCAUUCGGUUCAUCCCCCACGAGAACGGCGUCCACUCCAUCGACGUCCGAUUCAACGGGAGACACAUACCCGGCAGCCCCUUCAAAAUCCGCGUUGGGGAGCAGAGUCAGGCCGGCGACCCAGGACUCGUCACAGCCUAUGGGCCAGGCCUGGAGGGCGGAACCACAGGCGUCUCUUCCGAAUUCUUCGUCAAGACGCGGAACACGGGGUCUGGGGCCCUCUCGGUCACCAUCGACGGCCCCUCCAAAGUGCAGAUGGACUGCCAGGAAUACCCCGAGGGGCACAAGGUCACGUACAUGCCCAUGGCGCCCGGAAACUACCUCAUCUCCAUCAAGUACGGUGGCCCCCAGCACAUCGUGGGCAGCCCCUUCAAGGCCAAGGUCACAGGACCCCGCCUGUCAGGUGGGCACAGCCUCCACGAAACCUCGACGGUGCUGGUGGAGACGGUGACCAGGGCCUCUUCCUCCUCCUCCUCCUCCUCGGUGGGCGGCAGCUACAGUGCCCUGCCCAAGUUCUCCUCCGACGCCAGCAAGGUGGUCGCCCGGGGGCCUGGGCUGACCAAAGCCUUUGUCGGACAGAAGAACACUUUCACCGUGGACUGCAGCAAGGCUGGCACCAACAUGCUGAUGGUGGGGGUCCACGGCCCCAAGACCCCCUGCGACGAGGUCUACGUCAAGCACAUGGGCAACCGUGUCUACAACGUCACAUACACUGUCAAGGAGAAGGGAGACUACAUCCUCAUCGUCAAGUGGGGCGACGAGAGCGUCCCCGGAAGCCCCUACCAAGUCAACGUCCCUUAGGAGGAGGGGGCUGGCACCUAUCCCCUCCUCCUCCGGGCCCCGCCCUGCACCCCCCCCCACGCCAAAGACUCGCCCCCUCCCAAACCCCCUCCCCACGUUGCCCCAGGGCGGGGCCGGCGCCACGAGGAACCUCGGGACAAUUCGUUUCGCCUGUUUGGGGGCGCUUUGAUUUUUUUGCCUUUUUAACUAUUUCUCCCGGCUGUGAAGGUGUGGGGGGGACAGGGGGAAGGGCAAGGGGUGUGCACCGUUGUAGCUGGGAAAGGGUGGGGUUCACAAUGGGGAGGGGGUAAGGGGGGGAGGAAACCGGAAGUCGCGGAGGAGGAAGUGUCGGAUGUUGCCGUUCACUGGGCAAGGGUUGUCUUCGUGUGGCGGGCCGCGCCCCCCCCCCCCCGACGGUUGAGCCGCAAGUUUCUGUCGGAAAAAGGGUGGAUUGUGUCCCGUCCCAGGGAGCAGGAUGAAGAAGGCAGAGCUCAGCAGGUUAUGGGCCCAGUUUUUUCACACCGCAGGUUAUGGGCCCAGUUUUUUCCACACCGCAAGGGCCGGGGCAUCCGUCUCCUGAUGCCGUUAAAUGAGUCUCGCCUUUUCGGAGAUGUGGAGAGCCAGCCCAGAGAAGGAAGGAAGCAGGGGGAGCAGAACGCAGGGUUGUUUAGAAGAUUUCUGCUGGGACCAGGUGGACCGGGGUCAUCUGUGACCCCCUGAACUAUAGGGGCAGCUGCCCCGUCAAGCGGCGAUGGCUUGUGGGGCUGGUGAGGGUUGAGGGGAAGGAUGCCGUUUUGAGCGAGAGCGAAGGCUGCGUGGGGUACAGCCUCCCAGGAAGGUCCACCAUGCGACCCCCUACUCGUUGGACAGGGGUUUAUGCAGCAGGCCUUCUCAGCUGACCGAGGCCAAAGUUUUGGGUUUUCUCCCCACCCCCAGAGUAGACCCAUUGAGGGUUUUCCGUGCCUUCUCCUUCCACCUCGUCCACAAUCCGCUUUGCUGUCGCUGGGAAUGGGGGCAGCCCAAGCCAGAGAGAGAGAGAGAAA